AUGGAGAUUCGUGGAUUAUUGUUUAAACUGAAGGCUCGUGGGUUAUGGAGUAAACUGAAGGCUCGUGGGUUAUGGAGUAAACUGAAGGCUCGUGGGUUGUGGUUUAAACUGAAGGCUCGUGGGUUGUGGUUUAAACUGAAGGCUCGUGGGUUGUGGUUUAAACUGAAGGCUCGUGGGUUAUGGUGUAAACUGGAGACUUGUGGGUUAUGGAGUAAACUGACGACUCGUGGGUUAUGGUGUAAACUGGAGACUUGUGGGUUAUGGAGUAAACUGACGACUCGUGGGUUAUGGUGUAAACUGGAGAUUUGUGGGUUAUGGAGUAAAGUGGAAACUCGUGGAUUAUUGGUUUAA